AAUUACGUCAGAGGUGGUCGACGCCGCUGAAACGAACGCAUAAAUGGAUGCCGUUCGUCAGCAGCCGUAAGAGCUAUUACAACGCUCAUGCAGGGCCACGUAGUGGUGUGAUUUCUUCGGGCAUGGCAGGGCAAACGCCGUGUCUAACCAGCAGAUGGGAUCAACCAGCACAACCUAAACCGAAGAACAUUGAGAAUGUAGCCCAUCGAGUUUCAGGAAUUGUCAGCACUUCUGGUUUAAACAGUUCAGUUGCUCAUACCCAAUGCAAAGGACCAGACUCCAUAAUGACCGGAGAAGAAAAGCCAGAACCUCAGGGAGGAGUUGAAAUGGCUGCAGCCAUGGCUGCUAAAAUAAAUGCCAUGUUAAUGGCAAAAGGAAAACUAUUGACUCCUCCACCAUUGCUGGCAAAGACUCCCCCAAGAGUGCCAGUGCCAACCCCACCAGAAGAGCUGGUUGCCACCGAGGUUGACAUAAAUGAUGUGCCACUGAAUUGCAGAGACCUUCUUACUAAAGGCAAAACCCAAGAGGAGAUUCGACUAUGUAGUGGUGCAGUGGUCUCAACUAGAGGUCAUUACAUGCCUGACAUUGAACAGGGAACAAUUGGAGGACAAAGGCCUCUGUAUUUGCAUGUCCAGGCAAAGACUCAGGAGCAAGUCAAUAAAGCUGUAGCGAGAAUCAAAGAGAUCAUCUCUGAUGAUCUGUUGAGGACCGCAGCAGCCUCAGGAAGUCAACAGGUGCCCAUAAUGCCUCCACUCACGCUAUACCCGCAGCCUCCUCGGCCCGUCAUCCCAACAUCCAACACCAGCCCAACACCAGGUCAGGGGCAUCGUCCGGCUGCUCCUCACCCAGGGAACUUUGUCCAUACAAAGAUUUUUGUUGGCCUGGACCAGUCGUUGCCAUCAUUCAACAUAAACGAGAAGGUUGAAGGUCCCGGAGGAACAUACUUGGGUCACAUCCAGACAGAAACAGGGGCUCGAGUCUUCCUCAGGGGCAAAGGUUCCGGCUACAUCGAGCAGGCAUCAAAACGAGAAUCUUUUGAACCUCUUUAUGUCUAUAUCAGCCACCCAAAUGCAGAUGGACUGGAGGCAGCAAAGAGACUCACAGAAAAUCUGUUAGAAACUGUGAGAGCUGAGCACGCCCGCUUGAAGUCAACCUACACGGCCACUGCCUCAACACAAUCAUACGCAGCUCAUGGAUUUCCACCUAAUAGCAAUUACUCUAACCAGGUUUCCUGGUAUAACUACCCAGCCAAUGGGUAUGCUGGAGGCUAUUCCGCGUACCCGGGAGCCGGUGGUUAUUGGAGUAAUGCAAAUGGUCCCCCAAGUCAUUCUAACAUGUCGACAACCCCUCCAUCUUCUCAGGCAAUGGUUCAGUAUCCGGUGUGUCCACGGAAAACAAAUUCUUAUCUUGUGGAGGCUGUUGGUAGCGGUGAUACAGUGGACCCUGAAGCGCCUUUACUUACUCAGCCGGACUUGGGAAGAUCCAUACAGCAUUUCCAUGAAAGCACUAAAGAACAGCCUUCCAGCAGUUCUCAGGAGGUUCCUACUCUUCAAGAGUCUGCACCCCCUUCUUCUGACGUUGUCCAAGACAAAGCAGUAGAGAGGAUCCUUAUGCCCCCGCCACCACCUCCUUUUGUUGCUCUCACCUGCAGCCCGCGCAAGAGGCAGAGAGAUGAGCUGACCCAAGAUCCAGUCAGUCUCCCCAGCGUUACCGCGUCAUCGGGUGUUGAGGACGUAUGUGAGAAGAAGCCCAAAGUGGUGCGGGAUGCAUCAGGGCUGGUGCCCUAUGGAGGAGACUCUUCCGAUGAGGAAGAGGAGAGGAUGCGCAGCAGUAAGAGCAGUAACUCAUAAUGCCUGCCCAUGCCCUCUCACAAUGUGUUCACAAGUCUGCUUUCUAAUGCCCAGAAAAGAAAAAUCCACUUCACAUUACACACUGGCUUGAGACGGCAUCUGUUUCAACUCAUUUACAAUACAGCUCAAAUUAUUUAAAUCAUUUUUCAGAGAGACACUGUUGCAUCUAGCAGUUUGUUUGUUUUUUAACCACAAGGUUUGGUUUAGACCCACUUGACAAUCGGGAUCUUUUUUCUAUUACCAAUGAGGACAUGACUUUCUCCUUAAGAAAUAUAAGGCAUUAUUUUUACAUAUGCAACAAAUGGAAAUACAGUAGUACACAGACUCCUUAAUGAACACUGCCCAACUAUUCAUGAAGAAAUUUCUCCCCAGUGUUCAUAUGUAUAUUUAUAAAAUGUCAAUUUUUGUUGCCCGUCAGAACAUUUUUUUUUUUUUUUCCCAAAUCAGAGGAAGCCUCACUGGUUGCCAAUUUUGACAGUCAAGUAUAGUGGGUGCAUUUUUCAAUUUUAAUAUCUGAAUACAGGUGUAAAAUGGAAAUAUUACAAUAUUUUUAUCACAAAUUAGCCCCAUGUUUUAAAUUUAAUGCAGAGCAGUUAUGUAGUAAUGGUGUAACUAAUGUAAAAGCCUUUUCUUCUCUUGGAAAAUGGUGAAUGCCUGUUCCCAUGGAAUACUACAUUAAAAACACCUAAGAUCC